AUGAAGGAAACAAUUUCCUUUGUGAUAUUGCUGACAAAAGUAUGUUUUGUCAUCGCAGAAACUGAUAAAAUAUCUACAAAUUCCACAGCAGAAGGAUUAAAAGAUUUGAACAAUACAACCGAAUUUGAAACUACGAUAUAUAAUACUUCUAGCAUACUUGCCAUUCAAGAUGAAACUUUAAAAAAUGAAAGUGAUGAAAACACAUUCAGUAUCUCUAACAAAUCAGAAAAUGUGUCGGCCUAUAGGGAUGAAAAAAGAGAGAUAAUCCCGUCGGCUCAAGAAAUUGCCAAGAAGAAUCUUUACACAAUUAUAAAGAUCCGAUUACUUGGAAAUCUUCUUCAGCGUCUGCCUGUAGAAAAAAGACAAAUCCUCUUCAUGAAUGCUAUGAAACAGGUAAGCAAGGACACCAAGGACACACAAAACAAGCACACCAGAGCAAAAGCGUUCUCUAUUCAUCACCGCAGUAUGGAUAACAGCGAAGAAAGUAGCCCUGAGAGUCAGGAAAUUUCGGAAGUAAAGGCCGACAACAAUGGAGAAGAUAUGGACAUGUCUAGCAAGGAAAAUACAGUUCAUUACAAUAAGCAAACAGAACAAGAGCUGAACAUCUUAAAAAACCAAGUGAGUGAUGAUGUUAAACAGUUGAUGAAAACGGUUUUCCCUGGCGUCGAUUCCAACGCACCUGGAAAUGCAGUGUACAAGAAAAAGGGGCAUAUGAUGCAAAUUCAAGGGAUACCUAAAAACCAACAACUUCAAAAACAGAACUUCGACUUCUUUUCCACCACUGAUGAUUUAAGCCAUGGUCCAACUAUUUCCGGUUUCGCAUCGACAGAACACUAUAUGAAGGAUGCAAAGUCAGCUGAACAGGAAAAUUUCAUUGCAAAGAAGACACGGCCACAACCUGUUUUUCUUAGAUAUAAUAAUUUUCUGCCCCGUUUGCCAAAUUUAGAGAACAAUCCCGACCCGAAAGAUAAGAUCAGUGACGAUCAUUUCAAAGAAUCAAAACAAAUGUAUACCACACAAUCCUCAACGACGCCGUCUACAAUAAUUCAGCAACCUUAUCUUCAUGUCGAACCAUUGCAGGAAACACUGAAUCUGAAUCCAGUUAUUUACAAUGCUCUAAGUGAAGAAUCACAGUCAUCUGAAAUUGUUUUCAGCAAAAGCGAAAAGAAUAAAAAAGAGAGAGAUGACAUACAAAAUCAUCAUAAUGAAAAUUAUGAAAGUUCGAUUUAUACAAUUGAAGAAGAAAGAGACAAUGUACCAUCUCACAACAGAGAUUAUCCUAAAGAAAAUGAUGCUUCCAAGAGUAGCGAAGAAGACCUUUCUUAUGACUACAAAUUCGAUACAAGAUCAGAUUUAUCACAGUUCAAUCCAUAUCCAUCAACUGAUGUACAAGAUUACUAUGAAAAUAAUCUUUUAAAUUCAGAUCAUUCAAACGCUGAAGAGGCCGUUAAAAUCAUAUAUGAUCUCUUCAAUGAUUACGAUGACCAUUUUAGGGAUUACGAAAAUGAGCAACUUAACUUCGAAGUUGAACUUUAUCCAACCUCGACCCUAACUCCGUUGGGCACAACACAGAAAAAUACAGGCAUUAUCGUCGAUAAAUUCAGAAAAGAUAGUUCCAAACAAUAUUACGUAGACAUAAGCUCAGAAAUUUCUUCUGGAAACAGCAACUCAAAUAACAAAAAUAGUGAAUCACAAUCAAGAGAGACAAAAUAUGAUCCAGCAGAAAGCUACAUCUCAUACAAUAGAGGAGGCAAACUUACAUAUCAACAUGAUGUAAAUGGCAAAAACUAUUUCACAAUAGACAGUAGAAACCCAACUGCAAAUAGCGACAAUGAUUCAAUAAGCACAGACGAAAGUGAAGAAUAUCACAAAAGUUUCAACAAUAAACAUAGUAAAUCUUCUGAAGAUGUGAGCAGUCCUGAAAAUGUUGACUCUUACACUGGUGUAGAAAAUAUUUAUUUCAACGAAGAUUCUGGGAGUAGUGAAGAAUUUGGUGGGAAUGACAAGAUCAACGACAGCACCUUAACUACAAAGGAAGAAAAAAUGAAGGACAAAAGCAAUUCCAGUGAAGAAAAUGUGACCUUCUGGGAAAAUACCAACACAAAGGACAGUAAUUCAAAAGUAGAAAGUUACCAAAACGAUAAAUCCGGAGAAACAUUUCAAAAUAACGACAAUAUUUUUAGUGGAAGUAGAGAAACUGAGGAAGGCAAUAACAAAUCUACCGCAGGGAAAAGUGAAGAAUCUAAGGAUAGCAGCGAAGAAAUCAUUACAAAUAAAAAGUAUUCUGGUAGUCACCCAAAAGACACUAGUGACGUUCAACAUUACAAAGAUAGUAUGACUUACGAACAAAGCAGUGAAUCAACUGAAAAUAAGUUUAUAAAAGAAUUUACCAAUGUAAACAGCGAAAUGUCUUCAAAAGAUAAAAGUGCCUCAAAAGAGAAUGAUAGAAGCUCUUCAAGCAACGAAAAUGAAAAUUUUGAUAGUUUAGAGGACAGCUCUAUUUCUUGUGAAGGAGAAUAUUGUUACUCAUACUCUUCAACUGAUUCUACAGAGAAAGAAAACGAUUACAGUGAAAAAGAGACAGUAGAUCAAGAUGAUUCAAAAAGCAUUGAAGAAACAUCGGAACAAAAGAAACUUAAACAAUUAACAAACAAUAAAAGUUCACAUUCAGAAGAAUACACCAGUUCAGUAAAAGAAAGUGAGUCGGAGGAGCUUUCUAAUUUUAAGUCAUCAGAAGAACAGAUUUAUAAAAAGAAUGAAGGUGAAAAGGCAGAGAGCAGAGAACAGUUUUCUGAAAGUAGAAGCCUUCCUUCAACCUCUGACACAAUAUACAGUGGCAGCAGUGAAAGUUCUGAGAAAAGAAAUGGUCUUGAAAAAGACGUUCAAUAUAGUGACUCUGAUGAAUACUUCCUAAAUCAUGAUAGAAUGAGUGGACAAAACAGUGAUGAAAUUUCUGAUGAUGACGACGAACAGCUAAGUAAAGAAAAUGAUAUGUCAAAAUCGGAUGAAAGCAAAGGUCAAAGUAAUGAAAAUAAGGUAUACUCAUCAAAUAUAAGCUUUGGUUCUGGGAGUAGUGAAGAAAACCAUCACGAAAAAGAAGUGAAUUCCGACAGUUCUGAAACUGAAUUAAGCAGUGAAGAAAGUCAGGAACAAAUAAGAAAAGUUAAUCUCGAAAAGGAAGAAGUUGGAAGUGAUGGAAAAAAUGAGGAGCAAUCAAAACAAAAUUCAGAAUAUAAAAAUAGCAUCGAAAAACCUGAUAAUUAUUAUGAAGAUAGUUCUGAAGAAACUGUUUAUAGUGUAGGAAGCAGUGAAGAACCUGUAUAUAAUCAAGAUAUUACUGAAGAACCUGAAAAUCAUGAAGAUAUUACUGAAGAACCUGAAAAUUAUGAAGAGAGUACAGAAAAACUUGAGAAUAAUGAAGAUAGUUCGGAAGAACCUGAUAAUAAUGAAGAUAGUAUUGAAGAACCCGAAAAUAAUGAAGAUAGUAUUGAAGAACCCGAAAAUAAUGAAGAUAGUAUUGAAGAACCUUAUAAUAAUGCAGAUAGUACUGAGAAACCUGAGAGUAAUGAAGAAAGCACUGAAGAGCCUGAUUAUAAGGAAGAUAGCACUGAAGAACCUGAUAAUAAAAUGAAUAGUACUGAAGAACCUAAUGAUAAUGAAGGCAGUAUUGAAAAAUCAGAUAAUAAUGCAGAUAGUAUUGAAGAAGCAAAAGAUGAAUAUUCAAUGAAACCUCUUAGCAAUGAAACUACUGAAGAAGAACCAAUGGAAGAGAAUAACAUAGAGGAGAAGAAAAGGGAAAGCAGCAGUGAUGAAAAACCGACAGAGAAAAUCAUGAUUCUUGAAAAGGAAAGUAAAAGUCAAGAAAAUAGUGAAGAGGAAUCAAAAGAAGAAAAUAAAGACGUUACAGACAAUAUUGUUGAUCAGAAUUCGAAAGAGCUUUUUUCAGAGAUGAAAAUGAAAGACUCUGGUGAGGAUAAUAAAAAUGACGAAGAUACCCAAGUCAAGGAAAACAAAAUGGAACACAAGAAAGAAGCGAAAGAUCCGAAAGACAAAGGCUCUAAUGACAAUGACAAUCCAGACUGUAAAGAUAAGAAAAAUGAGGACUACUUCAAUAAUGACAAGAGUGGUGAAAUAAGAAAUGACGAUGAUCUUGAGAAUGCCGUUGAGAUGAUCAGUGAAAUGUUUCUUUUCGACAUCGACAAGUCAAAGAGUAAUGAACAUAACGAUUAUAACUCCAAAAGGAAGCACAGCACACUGAUGAAAUAUGAUAAAGAUAGAAGAGUGAGUUAUCUUCUUAAAACGCUUUUUAAUUUACGAAAGCAGUGGUUAAAGAGAAGGUAUGGUUCUAAAGAUACAAAGUACAGCUCUAAAUAUGAGCGACAUAAUAAAGACUCGUCAGAUCUUCGCAUGACACUGCCAACUUUAAAAAAGAACUUGUACGAAAAACCAAGAAAAAUAGGGUCGGUGUAUGGACACAAACUUUACGGACCUCAUGGAUCAAGACUCUUCCUUCAUCGGCCCUCCCAUCUUUCCUCCUCAUCAUAUAACAAAAUCCGCCGUUCACACUUUAACAAUCUUCAUCCUAAGCCGCGCUAUGAAUCAUCAUUGUCCAGAUACUUACAAGGUCGAAGAAGGCAUCUGUAUGACAGUCACUCUUCCAACUUACGACCCAGCUAUGUAAGAAGUGGGUAUGGGUCCAGAAGAAUGCAAAUACGUUUCGAAAACAACAGAAAUUAUUUUGGCAAAAUCAAGAACGAUGAAUCCCAAACUAGAAAAGAUUUAUUAGGGUUAUCUAAUUUUUUGACAAAGCGUUCAAGAAACGGCAUUGAUGGUUCCAUAACAGUGAAUCAAGGAAGGGAAUAUAAUAGAAAUAACAAUAAUGAUUAUGAUCCAUACCACAAUGAUGUCAUCCAUUACAUGAACAACUUCGAUGACGAUACAGUGAUUGUUCAUCCACUUGUCACUAGCAGUAGCUAUUAG